UAACGCUCUCUAUCGCGAUCAGCUGAUAUUUUGGUACGGUUCAAUUUUAUUGGAGAUCGGCCGGCCGAGUUAUCGACAGACGGUUAUAAUGUCACGAAGUAUACAAUUAACAUAUGUGUGUGUACAUAAAUUCGCGAGCCUAGAAUGUAGGGAGACUGGAAGACUGGAUCGCUAUCGUUCGGGGUAUCGUUUUCAUAAAUAUUCUACGUAUGUAGAUUUUUUUAUACUGCCGUUAUCAACCGGUGCAGUUGCAAUUUAUGCGUACGAACACAUUGAGUAACUAAUUCGUUUUUCAUUAUUGUCAAGGGACGAUGGAGAAUUACACUUACUCUCAAUUUAAAAGCAAUAUCCGUACGUAAAACCGUACGCAACGGUUGCGAAAAGUUUAUUGUUGCAGAAAUAACAAUGAGCACAUUGGAACUAAAGCAAACUCUGACAGGUCACAGAGGCAGAGUGUGGAGUGUUUGUUGGCAUCCCCAGGGUGUCACUCUGGCAUCUUGCGGUGAGGACAAAACAAUCACAAUAUGGGGAUUGGAGGGAUCUAAAUGGGUUACAAAAAUGAUCCUUACCGAGGGACACUCAAGAUCCAUUCGAGAAGUAACUUGGUCUCCCUGUGGAAAUUACAUUGCGUCGGCUAGUUUUGAUGCUACCAUCGCAAUAUGGGACAAAAAAUCAGGACAGUUUGACUGCAACGCAACGUUAGAGGGACAUGAGAAUGAAGUGAAAAGUGUUAGUUGGUCGGUUUCCGGUCAGUUGCUUGCCACAUGCAGUCGGGAUAAAUCUGUAUGGGUGUGGGAAGUAAAUGACGAUGAUUAUGAAUGCGCUGCCGCUAUUAACGCUCACACUCAAGAUGUAAAAAAGGUUAGAUGGCAUCCGCACGAAGAGAUCUUGGCUUCUGCCAGUUACGAUAACACAGCAAAGAUAUUUAAAGAAGACGUGGCAGACAGCGAUUGGUCUUGCAUUGCAACUCUGUCGUCACACACGUCUACGGUGUGGAGUCUUACGUGGGACAAGACUGGCAAUCGAAUCGCGACUUGCAGCGACGAUCAGACAGUGAAAAUAUGGCGGGAGUACAAACCCGGUAACGAGACGGGCAUCGCCACGCCUAACAAUGAAUCCGUUUGGAAAUGCGUCUGCACAUUAUCGGGCUAUCAUACAAGAACUGUUUACGACAUUGACUGGUGCAAGACCACCGGUCUGUUAGCGACCGCGUGCGGUGACGAUAUCAUUCGAAUAUUUAAGGAAGACGCGGACUGCGAUCCUCAUCAACCGACUUUCACGUUGGUCUGUUCGAUGGAGAGCGCCCAUACGCAGGACGUUAAUUGUGUUCAGUGGAAUCCCGUGGUUCCCGGACAACUUGCAUCCGCGAGCGACGAUAGUUCGGUGAAGAUAUGGUUUUAUAAGGAAUAAGAUAAAUGGCUGUAUACAUGUUUAAGAGAUUACAUAACAUCGUAUUACGAUCUUACAAGAUUUCGUAUCUGCGACACGGAUAUAUUCGACAAUACAAAGCGACACGCGCAAUGAGUACCGAAGCGAGAGACAAAUCCGGUGUGCCAUUGAAAGAAGUGGUGAGCGCGUUAGUCAAGUAUGCGGACUUGUCGCUCGCAGCUUCCU